AUGUUUGAAUUCAAUGCUCUGUCUCCCAUGAAAAUGAUCCUUUCUGGUUCACAAAGAUUGGCAGCAGUGUUUGUCUUGCUGUGGUCCGCCAUUGUGAGUGCUUUUGUACCGGUACAAACUACCCAACUGGAAAGCUUUGGUGCGCUGCACAUGGCAGGUGGUGGCAUGAUGGAUGUUGCCAACUUUGCCACCCAACAAGCCCCGCAAACCACAAAGUUUGUUACCAAUAAAAUGUGUCCAUUCGCCCAAAAAGUGUGGAUUGCCCUCGAGGCGUCGGGAGCUCCCUAUGAACUGGAGGAAGUAUCUCUCUACGGGCCCAAUGGCAAGCCCGAUUGGUUCUGGGAGCUGAAUCCUUCCGGGACCGUUCCAGUUCUAGUCUGUCAUGGAGGAGCCACCGUCUACCCCGACUCGGAUCUGGCGUUGGAUGUCAUUGAAGAUGGAUCCGCCAUUGUGGGAGUGACGCUCAAUGACAAGGUCAAAUUGGAUAAUAGUAAUAAAAAACUGCAAGCCCAAAUACAAGAAUGGCGACAAUCCAUGCUCAACGACAAGUUACUGCCCAUUGGCAAAAAGGCCGUCUUGGGUGGCAGCAAACAAAAGCUAUACGAUGUAUUGCAAGAAAUGAAUGGCAAGGUCGUGGGACCCUUUCUCUGUGGGGAACAACUCACAUCGGCUGAUUGUGCCGUCUUUCCCUUUUUGUGGAGGCUCGAUAAUGAAUACGGUAUGAAAAAGUAUCCCAAGUUAUCCGCGUGGCUCAAACACUGCAACAAUCACAUGGCAUUUUCCAAAACAGUACAAUCCGCAUGGUGGUGGUGGUGGUAAUACAAGAAAAACAGUGAAAAUGGCUCCAAGCAACUGGGCAAAACAAAUAAAAAGUUGGAAACAAGCUGGCUCUACUACAAUUCUCAAAAGUUGGAGAGCAACGACACUGGCCUCAAGAGCACGCAACAAACGGGGCACGAGGAUCUACGAG